GCCGGCUCGCUGCCCAUGUCCCAGCUCUCCUUCCCGUCCGCGCUCGCUGCCGGCACGGCCGGUGCCCGCCUCCGCUGCGGGGACGCCGGGCUUUGGAAGCUUUCCCGGAGCGCGCCGGGGUGCUGGCGCAGACCGAACCCAAACAUCAUCAGAGCCACAUGGUUUUGUUAAGCUACUGGAAAUAACUUUUGCCUGGGAUUUACAGCAGCAUUCCCUCCCGGCCCGGCCCCUCCGGACUCCAGCAGGCUCACUGCCUAACAGGUUUGCAAAGCUUUUUUUCUCUUGUAAAUCCCUUUUUCUCUCCAGAGCCGUGCGAUCACCGUAACUUCAGUUUUAAUCGAAAACACUUUCUGUCUAAAUUCUCCUAGUAAUGAAGACUCCUCKAUACGUUUCAUGUGACCUUUGGGCAGACCAUGGAACUUUCUAUUUUAUUUUGUGGGGCCUUGAGUCGGGAUCUUCUUAACGUGUGCUUGGAAGUGGUCAUACCGGAACUCGGGCGCGAACAGAAAUAGUGCGAGAGAAACCAGAUACGCCGCAACUUUCUGCCUGAUACCUGUUGGGCUUCGUGUCUAAACUUUGGAAGUGUUUGGGGGCCUUUUUAUUUGCGGGGAACUUGCAACAAUGAAGAGGAGCUGUGUGUUUUGUUAAUUAUCUUUGAGAACUCUACCCGGAGCCAGCCUCUGAGCAUGGAUUUCUAAGGGAAAGGUAAAGCCGAUCUCCAAAGUUGAAUGAAGCACUUCUGGCAUGAGGAAGAUGGAAGGGAUCAACUCCAUUUGGAAGGGAACGGUACCGGAGCAAGCUUUCUUGUCACUAUAAAUUCAAGGAAUACCGCCUGCCUAAUUUCUGGGAAGGAUACCAAUCGGUGCAGAUAACAUUCAAGGUUGUGCUUGUGCUGUGGGAAAUGCUGGCAAGAAGGUGAGGUGUCUCUUGAGGAUAUUUGGGAUGGAUGUUUUGAACCUGUGGAUCUUCCUMACUCUCGGCCAGGAGACAGGAGGCCUCCACAUCCUCGGGGAGAUCUCCCCGCACCUCAUCUCUGUGCGAGCGAGGAGUUCCUAAUGCUCCCCGUKCACCCAAACUGACUUCUUGCUUGCAUCCUGUUUCGCUGAUCCUUCUGGAUUUAUCUGCCGGAGGAGGGACUCACAAUUUAGGAUUUUUUUUUUCCCCCUAGUUUGUUUGUUUAAAAUAUGCCUCUGAGCUCCCGGCGGCCUCUGAGCACGUGGCACGGGACGAGAGGAGCGGUGAUGGCGAGAGCCGGCGUCGCCCGGUGAGCCGCGCUGGCGGUGAGCGAGCCCCUGUGUGCGGCCUCUGGGGUCUGUCCGGGAGCGCGGCUCGGAGCCCCGGGAGCUUUGCCGCCGGCCGGGGCCCGCCGCGGUGAGGACGCGUUGCCGAGCGGUAUGAGCGGCCGGAGCCCGCUGCUGGUAGCAUGAGUGCUGGCCCCCAGGUGCAGCUGGCUGUCCUCUGGCCUUGGCUGCUCAUGGCGACCCUGCAGGCAGGACUGGGCCAGACCGGGCUGGCGCUGGCGGCGGCCGUGGAGUCGGAGCGGGCGGCGGCGCAGAAAGCCAUCAUCAGGGUCAUCCCCCUCAAAGUGGAGCCCAUUAUCCUGGAAGGGGAGUUCGCCAACGUUGCCGAGGUGACUCCGGCCGAAGGGAAGCUGCUCCAGUCCCACCCUCUGUCCCUGUGCAACACCAGCGAGGAUGAACACACGGAAUCGGGAUUCAUCACCAUCGUCAAGCUGGAGCAGCCRGAUCGGGAUCCCAACCCCUGUCUGUCCCUGGCUAACAAGGCAAAGCUGGCGGGGGAGCGUGGAGCCCGUGCGAUCCUUUUCGACAUCACUGAUGAUGAAAGUGCUGCUGAUCAGCUGAGGAAGCCCAGAGGCCUGAGCCAGCCUGUGGUCCUCAUCAGGGGCCACGAUGCUGAGCUCCUCAUGGGCGUCGUGAACAAGAACAGAGAGGCCCAUGUGAAAAUAGAGGUCAAGGAGCCACCAGCUUGGCCAGACUACGAUGUGUGGAUUCUUCUCACAGUGGUCAGCACUGUGGUCGUCAUCAUUUUGAUUUUUGUUGUCCGCACAAAAUGCCAGCUGAACAGGAAUCAGGACUCGGUGCAGCAGCAGACCCUGCAGGCCAUCGGGCAGUUGGCCACACGGCGCUACCAGCCCCGGGCCAGGCCAGCCCCRCGCUGGGACUCUGCCAGCAGCUGCAGCUCCGCCCCGGUCUGUGCCAUCUGCCUCGAGGAGUUCAGCGAGGGCCAGGAACUGCGGAUCAUCUCRUGCACCCACGAGUUCCAUCGGGAGUGUGUUGACCCUUGGCUGCAGCAACACCACACGUGUCCACUUUGCAUGUUCAAUAUUCUUGCCAGAGACUCAGGGGACCAGGCCGUGGCUGCCAGCUCCAGGCUGGUCCCUCAGGACAUGGAGCCUGGACGGCGACUCCACCUUUUCCGCCAGCAUCCAGGACAUGCCCUUUACCACCUCCCACAUGCGUAUCCUCAGAGGAACCUCAGGAGCUUUCCCCCGGAGCCAGCCCAUGGCAACCCCUUCUUCCACUCUCCAGAGCUCUCCCAGGUGGAUUUUGGCACCAUCCACUAUGUGCCCUACAGAGCAGCUACCUCCCUGCUGGCCUGUGGCCACACGGCCCCACUGGCCSCGGGCUUGCUGGGGCAGCAGCACACCAACCCCUCUGCGUGCGGGCAGGUGCUGCCACCCCACAGGACGUGUCUCCUGCAGCCCCAGCCCCCCUGCCUGGCGCCCAAGGCAGCCCUGGCGCAGAAGCAGCACCGUGCACCCGCCCCGCGCCGGGGGCUCAGCCACGGGCACCAGCACAACAGCAGUGGCUCCGGGGAGAGCUACCUCACGGAGCACAGCGGCUACCUGGCCGAUGGGCCGGGCAGUGACUCCAGCUCGGGGCCCUGCCACGGCUCCUCCAGUGACUCCAUGUUGAACUGCACGGAUAUCAGCCUGCAGGGCAUCCAUGGCAGCUGCUCCACCUUCCGCAGCUCCCUCAGCAGCGACUACGAUCCCUUCGUGUACUGCAGCUCCGAGGGCCCCGCCACAGACCACGGCCAGGAGCAGCUGCGGCCACCCAGGGAGAGGCGGCCCCGCUCCUUGGACCUGAUGGUGCCYGGGGGGGCUGCUCCGGCCAAGCCCCAGGUGCUCAGCCACGUCCACUACCACCACCACCAGCACCACCACUACAGACGGGAUGUGGAGUGUGCCCCUGGGCGGGCUGGGCAGGGGCAGGGGCCGGGGCCACGCAAAUCCCGGUACUCCGGGGCCAAGGUUGCCUUCCACAGUGCUCGGACACAAAAGAGGACUGAGAAAAGCCACCACUSUCAGCAGCCUCUGGAAAGCAGCGCCAUGCUGCAGGAGGCAGCUCUGGCAGGACAGCCAGCCUGUCCACAGGAAGGCCGGGAGCCCCCUCACGCCCCCUCCACUUCUCCAAACAGGCUGGACUUCAGUGUAGAUGCCAACAGACAAUCGGGAGCAGCUGGCACACCCCCURUCCCUCUGCCCCCCAGACACAGCUUACAGAGCCGGCAUCACCGAAGGAAAAGAAAGUGUCCCCUGGAGCCCGACCUUGUUCUCCUGCCCAAGGACUCGGCCGAGUCCAGMGCCUGUGACGCUCACCUUCCUCCCGGCCAUCCCGCUGGCUACCACUGCUCUCCCGAAGUGCAGCCCCUGAUCCCAAGCGCUCCCUUGCCCAGCGGCUCCCGGCCGCUCUGGAARUGUUUAGUGCCACUGUCCAGCUCCGAGCUGAGGAAGCAGGAGGAGGGGUUGUCAGGACGGGAGGGAAACCACUCAGUUCCUGCAGAUUUCUCAGGGACAGACACCCCCAGACACAGUCUGAGUGUCCACCUUCACUACCCAUCUCAGCAGGGUGGUCAGGGAUCUGAAGAGGAGGUCCAGGAUGUCCACGAACACUCAGUUUAAUGAAACACUGGCCUGUCUGCUCGCUGGGAGCUGGAAUGGACACAGAUGUUCAUGGAGCUGCUCACAUCUGGCUCUGCCCAGCCCUGCCCYGCUGAGACACGGACUGCCAAGAGCAGUGGGACGCUUGUGGUCUCCGCACACRUCCCCACGCCCUGAUGGCCACACAGACACAGAGCCCUGCUCUCCGGGCCCCGUCUCCUCCCAAGGCACAGGCAGCCCAUCGUCAUCCCAUGGCAUCGCUCCGAGCYGGGCAGGGCUCCCAGGGAGAGCUCACCGAGUGAGUGCAAGCUGCUAUUUUGGCAUGUUCAUGCCACAGAAGGUUUUGCUAAACACUGCAAAAAUAAACAAGCCUUCGAGACCAAAAGCUGCAGAAAUUACUUUCUGUGGCCUGGUAGCUCCUGACUUCAUUUCCUCACUUAGGUCAAAAGCCAGACUUCUUCAAUUAACUUUUCCAUGCUUAUUUCAGACACAGGAACAAGCUAUUCUCCAUCUCACUGCUCACAGGGCUGCCCUGCGAGGUGCUGCUUCUGACUUCAGUGGAAACCAAGAGCUCUCAUCACUUUUGGUCACCUCACUGUCCCUCAACUGACGCCGUCUUGGCCACUGGCUGUGUUUGCCAGCAGCAGGAGAGGGGAAGACACAGGGACAACAUCAGCAUUUCUGGGAAGGAGCUGGGUCAGACUCUUUCCAUUGCAGAGAAUCCACCCUCUCAUCUGGCAAUGUGAACAAGUCUCUCACUCACACUAAUUCCUCCACCUACCCUCAAAUAGCUGUCAUGGCCAGCCCUGUUAAGAGCAUAUUUCAGACAUAUCUCAGAUGUCCCUAUCAGAGGGAGUCAUGGGAAAUCCUGGAGUUCUCUCCUUCCUCUCAUUGCUCCAAGACACAGCAAAAAUUCCCAGCAAAGUCUUCAUAGUAAAUACAGAGCAGAGCCCCAUCCAUCACCCAGAUUUAACUUCAUAUUUCUGAGACUCCUGAAAUGAUCCUUCAAAAGGAUUUUUCAGUCUUUUUCAACAUUUUGAUGAUGCAGGGAGAAAACUUGAGAAAUCAUCAGGCUCUGGUUUAUUCCUCCCCCCCCCCCCCCUUGUGUGUAUUUUGGAUUUUUUCUGAAUGUCAGGGAGCUCUCACCCCCUGAAUGUCACUAGUUCUUAUUUCCUACAUCUCAUAAUCUGCAGACAUUCAAGUGAAAUAAAACCUGCCAAAUUCAAAACAUGUAGAACUCAGGCAGCUUUCAAACAGCAGAAAAUUCCUGUCAGGUUCAUUGCCCUAAAUGAUCAGUCAGGCCAAAGAAUCAGCCAGAUUCCCACGUGAAGAGCACCRAGUGCUUCCAAGCACAAGGAGGCAUUGGUGAGGAUACAACAUUGGAACUGAAGGUAACUCCUAACAAUUUGAAACUUGAUGUAGGGACAGACUUCCCCAUCUACUCAGUAAAGCUUCCUAUGUCUGCCUUUGAAGCAGCAGCUUCUCAAGAGAGUGCUCUGGUGAUGCAAUCCCAGUUCAGGAUAAUCCUCUGCCUUCCUUUGUUGCUGGGAAAGCUUUUUACAGGGUUUGCUGCACUUAAUCCUUGAAAAAGGCAUCUUUGUCCCAACUGCUAAUCAGUCCCUGACAGUCAAGUGAUCAGCAAAUAGCACUGUUUUAGACCCAACAUUACUCCCUUGUAGUGCUCAUUCCUUGUCUCCUGUGACCAGGCCCCUGUGGGACUUUUCAGUCUGGGGAAGAGCUGAGUUUCUUUCAUCAAAGAACCCAGCAGAAUUUCAUUUAGACCUCUCAGGCUCUUGCUUGUCCUACAGCGCAGGCAGAACACAAUUUCAAAUGUUUUCUCCCUUGCAGGGAAGUCAAUCUUAAACUAGAGGAAAAAGCCAGGGGCGUAUCUGGAUCGGCUUCUUGUGCACCUGGUCUGUGGCUUGUCUGAACCAGCUCCUCACAUCCUUGACCACCGUGGAGGGCUCAGAGAUYUUACAGAGGGGAGGGUCGUGAAGUUGGGAUGCUCCCACUGCCUUCUUUAGGAAUCAGGAAGGGUGAGCUCCUCCAGGGAUGCAUUUCAUUGCUCAAAGGAACAAGUGCAGUUCUAAAGUCCUCCUCUCUUUCCCUCUUUAUUCCUGACAAAAGAGGAGAUUCCUGAUUUUGUGAGCCGCAAGCUUCUUGCACAAGUACUCGURCACCCUCUCCACUCCCCACUGCAGUAUUACCAGGCUGCCAGGGCAAUGCCUGCUUCCAAGUGUCUCCUUUCUCCUGACCUUACACUGCUGCUCCUUUUCACAUAGAAAAUGCUGGAUUCUGUCCCGCUCCACCGGGACUUGGGGACCUGAGAGUGCAGGUCUGUCUSUGUGAGGGCAUGGGGGGAGGAGAGGGAGGAACUCGGGGAAAGUGGAUUUAAGAUCCUCUUCAGUAGACGGAUGACUAUCCUUGACUGCCUGGAGGGAAGAAGCAGUAUCUGAGAAAAAAGGAACGGUUCCUCACAGUUCCUCACAGUUCCUUUAUCUCUGGCUUCUGGGUAAUGCUUUCGAGUGCUCAGUGCUUGUGGCUCCAUCAUAGAAUUUCUUCGGCAUCCUAGCAWUGAUGCAGAGCACAUUUUCCUUCCUUGCAUCCAAAGUCACCGCUGAAAACUAUUGGAAGCUAGAGCAUCCAGAGCACCCUCUAUCCAAACUGAAGGCCCAGCCUUUCCCCAGGGACCUCCUUUCCAGGAGCUCUCACCCCCUGAACUGGGCAUGUGGUUGGGCUGGCUGGACACCUCCCCUUCUGCACAGAUCCUUCAGAUCCUUUGGAAAUGUGAAUAUAGGUUCGUUUUGUUGUUAUUGCCUUUUGUUUCAUUUGUUU